AUGCCAGGGAUUGUCGUGUUCCGCCGGCGCUGGUCUGUGGGCAGCGAUGACCUUGUUUUGCCGGCUGUGUUUCUUUUCCUCCUUCAUACCACCUGGUUUGUGAUCCUCUCCGUGGUGCUCUUCGGGCUGGUGUACAACCCCAACGAGACCUGCUCUCUUAACCUGGUGGACCACGGCAGGGGCUACCUGGGCAUCCUGCUCAGUUGUAUGAUCGCAGAGGUGGCAAUCAUCUGGCUCAGCAUGCGAGGCAGCAUCCUGUACACGGAGCCCCGGGACUCGAUGCAGUAUGUGCUCUAUGUCAGACUAGCUAUCUUGGUGAUCGAAUUUGUGUAUGCCAUCGUGGGCAUUGUUUGGCUAACACAGUACUACACGUCCUGCAACGAUGUCACUGCGAAGAGUGUCACCUUAGGAAUGGUCGUGUGCAACUGGGUCGUCAUCCUGAGCGUCUGCAUCACUGUCCUGUGCGUCUUCGACCCCACCGGGCGGACCUUUGUCAAGCUGCGUGCCACGAAGCGCCGGCAGCGCAACCUGAGGACCUACAACCUGCGGCAUCGCCUGGAAGAAGGGCAAGCCAGCAGCUGGACACGGCGGCUCAAGGUUUUUCUUUGCUGCACACGGACAAAAGAUUCCCAGUCGGACGCCUACUCCGAAAUCGCCUACCUUUUUGCUGAGUUCUUCCGAGACCUUGACAUCGUCCCGUCUGACAUCAUUGCGGGCCUGGUUCUCCUGCGCCAGCGGCAAAGGGCGAAGCGCAGCGCCGUGCUGGAUGAGGCAAACAAUGACAUUUUAGCUUUUCUGUCUGGGAUGCCGGUGACCAGGAACACUAAGUAUCUGGACCUGAAAAAUGCGCAAGAGAUGCAGCGGUAUAAAGAGGUGUGUUACUACAUGCUGUUUGCCCUGGCUGCCUAUGGCUGGCCCAUGUACCUGAUGAGGAAGCCCACAUGUGGACUCUGUCGCCUGGCCAGAUCCUGCUCAUGUUGUUGUCUCUGUCCCUCACGUCCCCGCUAUGCACCCGGUGUCACCAUUGAGGAGGACAACUGCUGUGGCUGCAAUGCCAUUGCCAUCCGGCGGCACUUCUUGGAUGAGAAUAUGACCUCGGUGGACAUCGUUUACACUUCGUGUCACGAUGCGGUUUAUGAGACUCCUUUCUAUGUUGCUGUGGACCAUGAUAAGAAGAAGGUGGUCAUCAGUAUCCGAGGAACCCUGUCUCCAAAAGAUGCCUUGACUGACCUAACUGGAGAUGCAGAACGCCUUCCAGUUGAGGGUCACCACGGAACAUGGCUGGGACAUAAAGGAAUGGUGCUGUCUGCCGAGUACAUUAAAAAGAAAUUGGAACAAGAGAUGGUGCUCUCUCAAGCCUUUGGACGGGACCUGGGCAGAGGGACAAAACACUAUGGCCUGAUUGUGGUUGGUCAUUCCCUCGGGGCUGGCACAGCCGCCAUCCUCUCCUUCCUUUUGCGUCCACAGUACCCCUCACUGAAGUGCUUUGCAUAUUCUCCCCCCGGGGGGCUGCUGAGCGAGGAUGCCAUGGAGUAUUCAAAAGAGUUUGUGACUGCAGUCGUACUUGGCAAAGAUCUAGUGCCCAGGAUUGGUCUCUCACAGCUAGAGGGGUUUCGCCGGCAACUGCUUGAUGUUCUUCAGAGAAGUAACAAACCAAAGUGGCGAAUCAUUGUGGGUGCUACCAAGUGCAUCCCGAAGUCAGAGCUCCCUGAAGAGACGGAAGAAAAUUCCGUAACCAGUAACCGCCUCUGGACCCAUCCCAGCGAUCUGACCAUCGCCCUGUCGGCCAGCACUCCGCUCUACCCGCCCGGCCGCAUCAUCCACGUGGUGCACAACCACCCUGCAGAGCAGUGCUGUUGCUGUGAGCAAGAAGAUCCCACUUACUUUGCUAUCUGGGGUGACAAUAAGGCAUUUAAUGAAGUGAUCAUCUCACCGGCGAUGCUGCAUGAACACCUCCCAUAUGUGGUCAUGGAAGGACUCAACAAGGUUCUGGAGAAUUACAACAAGGGGAAAACAGCUUUACUGUCUGCAGCCAAAGUAAUGGUGAGUCCUACAGAAGUGGAUCUAACCCCAGAGCUGAUCUUCCAGAGUCAGCCCUUGCCUAGUGGACCCUCAAUACAGAUUGGAACUGGAGCCAUAACAGUGGACAGAAGAAACAGCAGUACUAAGAGCAAGUCUCAUUCUGAAAUUAGCCUGGAGGGAUUUUAUGAGACAAAGGCACUUUGGCCUGUGCAGAAAGACCCCGUGGAGCUUCUCCUGCUGGACACAAAGGAGCGUCUGUCUGUGGAGCUGCAGGACCGUCGUGCCCCUCUGGCGACCAUGGAGAGCCUCUCGGAUAAUGAAUCCAUCUACAGCUUUGACUCGAGGCGUUCCUCUGGUUUUCGGAGUAUCCGUGGCUCCCCCAGCCUCCAUGCAGUCAUGGAGAAGGACGAGACGCACUGCUUUUAUAUCGACCCUGCUAUCCCCGAGGAGAACCCCUCCCUCAGCUCGCGAACAGAGCUGCUGGCUGCUGACAGCCUUUCCAAACACUCCCAGGAGACUCAGGCCCCAGACACUGUGCUCAACAGCGGGGGUACCACCCCGCAGCGUCGCUGCAGCCAGGAGGGGGCCAGCAGCGAGGGGGACCACGUUUCUUUAGCCCCUCGCGAGGAGCCGGCCCUCCAGAACGGACGGCUCGCUGACGUUCCCAGUCCCCAAGUCCUGGAGUUUGCUGAGUUCAUAGACAGCCUCUUUAAUUUGGAUAGCAAAAGCAGCUCCUUCCAGGACAUCUACUGCAUGAUGGUGUCAGACAGCUCCAGUGACUUUGCGGAGAUGCCCAAGUCUGUCAGUGACCAGGAGAUCCUGUUAAGGGCACAAUAUGAGCCCAACUUAGUCCCAAAGCCCCCAAGGUUGUUUGCAGGUUCAACAGAUCCUUCGUCGGGCAUCUCUGUCUCACCCUCAUUCCCCCUUAGCUCAUCCGGAGAACUCAUGGAUAUCACUCCCACAGGUGUGAGCAGCCAGGAGUGCCUGGCCACUGACAAAAUCCGGACUUCCACCCCCUCUGGGCACGUAACCAGCCCUGCAAAGCAGGAGGACCUCAUGAUUUCAGCCCUCUAGUGCAAGGGUAAAGGGGUGCGGCUCUGCGAGCUGAUCCCAUAGGCCGAGUGCUGGGAUAAUGCUUGGAAAAGCUGAUCGUUGGGCAGUUCAGGUCGGAAGAUACACCUGGAAAC